AUGGGACUUGCAUUCCAGAGCAUUUUCCGCAACAUUCGAGUCUACUGGCUCGCUUUCGUCGUCUAUUGGGGAAUCGUUCUGUUUGGUUACGACACUGGUAUCGCUGGAGGUGUCGUCUCUCAGCCAUAUUUCCGCCAGCACUUCAACUUGAUCAACCCGGAUGGCACGGUCAACGUCAAGAAGACGGAUGAGGUCUCUUCGAACGUUGUGGCGGUCCUGCAGGCUGGUGCGUUCUUCGGAGCUCUGAGCAGUGCACCCGUAUCUGCGAAGAUUGGGCGGAAGUGGACCUUGAUUGCCUUUACCGCUAUUUUCACUGUUGGCGCAAUUUUGACGACAGUCGCUGAUGAGCCGAAGAGUGGAUUGGCCCUCAUCUACGCUGGCCGGGUUAUCUCUGGUUAUGGCAUUGGUGCGAUCUCUGCUGUGGCGCCAGCUUUCGUGUCCGAGUGCUCGCCGAAAGAUGUUCGUGGGCGGAUUACUGGUCUUUUCCAGAUUAUGGUCGCCACUGGUGUCAUGAUUUCGUACUUCAUCAACUAUGGCGUUGGCUUGCACAUGAAGGACUCAACGAACGUCUGGAGGAUUCCGUUUGGCUUCCAGCUCGUCCCGGCUGGCAUCAUGUUGUUCGGCCUCGUGACUGUCAAGGAAUCUCCGCGCUGGCUCGCCUCAGUGGGAAGGAAAGACGAAGCGCUCCUGAACCUCGCUUAUCUACGCAGGGAUAGCGCGACUUCUGAAUCCGUUCUUGAGGAAAUCGCAGAAAUCGAGGCCGCCAUCGAAGAAGAGCGCGUCGCGCGCGAGGGUCUCGGCUGGAAGGAGGCGUUCCUUGGCAAAGGGAAUUUCAUCCGUUUCGUCAUCGCGUUUGUGAUUUUCCUGCUCCAACAGUGGGCUGGACAGAACUCUGUCAACUAUUACGCUCCUCAAAUCUUCGCCUCGAUCGGAUACGUUGGCACGAAGAACUCGCUCCUCGCGUCUGGAAUCUACGGAGUCAUCAAGGUCGUCGCCACCGCGGUAUUCAUCUUCGGCUUCGUCGAAUCCCUCGGACGCAAGCUCUCGCUGUUCAUCUCCGCGAUGGGCAUGGGUUCGCUCUUCUUCAUCAUCGGUGCCAUCCUUAAGACGCAUCCUCCGCCGAUCGUUAUUGCCGGUCAGGAUCCGCCCCCUCCGCCGGCCGCGUCGAAGGCGAUGGCUGCCAUGCUCUACAUCUACGUGUGCUUCUAUUCGAUGGGAUGGGGACCUCUUCCCUGGGUCUACGUCUCUGACAUCUUCCCAACGAGGACAAGGCACUAUGGUCUCGCGCUGGCGAGCUCGUCUCAAUGGUUAUGGAACUUCACUGUUUCGAAGGUUACGCCCUCGAUGAUUACGCAGCUUGGGUACAAGAUCUUCUUCACAUUCGGGACAGUGAACAUUGUCGCGAUGGGUAUCUUCUCUUUGAUCAUUCCUGAAACGAAAGGACGCAGUCUGGAGGACAUGGAUGUCAUCUUUGGAAGUGUUAGUGCCGAAGAGCGGAAUGCCAACAUCCAAAAGCAACAACGAGCUCAAGAGCAAGAGAAAUUCCAACCUACAGACAGCCGGUCCUCUCGCGAAAAGGUUUAA